GUCGAGAAGUCAGUCAAAACGAUCCUGUAAGACUGACUCUACAGUGCCCGCUCCACCGAAGCCACCCACUGUAUUGGGAGGUGCAGCCAUGAUCUUGGGCAGCGAAACCUCUGACAACAGCGAUGAGGUUUAUCUGCCAGCUGCACAGAAGAAUAGAGAUAUUCUCGAAGAAUAUUUUGUAUUAGAGAAGAUGCAUGCACCUUCUAUCACCUCAUCUGAGACCUUCUACUCCUCUGAGGAAGAUGAUCUGUUUUAUGCCAGUAAAUACUUGGCAUAUGAGCUGGAAGAUGUAUCCAGAGAUUUUGAUGAAGAGCGGAGCGUCAGUCCUCUGGCGUCCUUCACAUACACCAGCUGCAGCAGUGAUACUUCUGGUCUUCCGCUCACACACCUAGACGCAGGAGCUGUGAGAGAUCUUCGCUGCCUGCAUGUACUCUCUGUUUACGACGACCUUAUACUGUCCAGUGUGGAGGAGGAUUCAGAUGAGCUUACACAAGAAGAAAUACUGCAAUUGAUUCAGUGCAGUACUGAACCUCCAAAGCAUCAACAAGAGAAUGAUUAUGAUGGACAGAAGCAAAUAUUCAAUGUAAAGUACAUGGGUUUUCCAAACAUCGAGAACACAUGUUAUAUGAACUCCACCCUCCAGUGCUUACUCAGCAUUCCACCAAUCAUAAAGGACAUAGUUUUACAAGAGAACACUUGGAAGAAUGAGCCUGGAUCCGAAAUGCUCAGAGCGUUUUAUGACCUAGAUUUCGCCAGGCUGAAUAAGACACAGAAUAUGCCGAGGAAACAUCUACUGGCAGCAGUCAAAGAUUGCAUCGCCAUUAGGAAUCCAGGUUUUGUGGGAAAUGAACAGCAGGACGCCCAUGAGUUCCUUAUAACCCUCCUGGCUCAGUUGAAAGAUGAGGCUGUGAUGUGCCAGCAAGCAGAAAUGACGUUUCGUAGCCCUGUAGCAAACCUGGAAUUCAGGGUCAACCGCCUGCGCACCUGCGAGACCUGUGGGAACCAAAGUUGCUCUACAGAGGAAGUCAAUUGCCUGUCUUUGGUAACUGGUCCUCAGAAGUCCCUCAUCGAGAGCCUACAGCAGUACUUUGCAACAUCUCAGUUAGAGUGCCGCUGUGACAAGUGCUCGGGGACCCAAGCCUCUGAAAGUGUGGAGAUCCAGACGCUUCCCAGGGUCCUGGUUCUUCUCGUGAUGAGGUUUGACAUGUUCACAGCGAGAAAGAUCAAAGGCCGUCUGGCAGUGCCUGAAGAGCUCAGUCUGGCCAGCUUCACAGGGUCAGACAGCUGUGAGCAGGCAGCAGAUUUAUACAGCAAGGAAGCUACCCAGCAGGCACAUAUCAAAACAAAUGCAAAACAACAGCAGGCCGACGCAUCCUAUAAGCUCAGCGGGGUUGUGUCUCAUUAUGGUUCAAGUCUGCAUUCUGGUCACUUCGUCAGCAACAUUCUUGAUCCUUGUGGAGCUGAAUGGCUUAGCUGUGAUGACAACACUGUGAAAUCCGUCACGUGGUCAAAAGCUUCCAACACCAUAGAAAAUCAUGGAUACAUGUUUUUCUAUUUAAAGAGCUGAAAAAAAAGAAACGGC